AUGCUAGGCUUAGCAGUGUAUGAGAGUAGCAGUGAAAAUGAAAAUAACAACCAGAAGCCCAAAUUCGGCCAACCUGAUACCAUCGCUCGUACUGACCUCUGUGGUCCUCUUGUGGGCCCAUUCCAGCCGUCUGAGCCGUUGACGUUGACCAAAGAAAUCCCCAGCAUAUCACAGAAAUCGCCCCUAUCGUUGACUGACGGCUCAUUGAUUCGAGAUAUGACUCUACCCCCAUACCCCAACUUAGAUAUACCGCCAUCGCCGACUGGGUCCUCCUCACCCACCUCUAACGAAAAGUUCGCACACUUUCUGAGUCUGAAACUCAAGCGCAUACAUUUUAAUGAGAAACUCGUCUCUUCAGCAUCCUUGAAGAAUCCAAGCCUUUUCUCAAGUUUACGGCGGCAUGUAGGCCUUGAAGACCUAGCACAGUAUGCGACCCCUCUUGAAAUGGAAAUAUGGGAUGUUGCUUCGCUUCCGCAAUGGGGAUAUAAGGAAAACCUGCAGAAGAACCAGCAAGAAAUUAGUCGCGGAAUCGAAGAGGAAAACAAAAUCUCAGUGGCCACUAUUGAUUUUGUCCAAGCUCUGAAUACCCCGGCAAUUUAA